AUGCCCACUAAUCCAGGUAGUGUUCUGUUGUUCACUAUAGGAUAUGCUUGGAGUGGUAAUAAAGAAACAGAACUGGGACUAAAGAAAGCCGAUGUAACUCAUCCAGAUGGCAAUACUGAGCUCAUUAGACCCAGGAAGCUAUAUAAUCCUGUGAAAGACUCCAAGAGUUAUCGGGCUCUUCAUUGUGAAUUAGUGUUAAACCACAAGAGAGGCUUUGCACUCCCGAACAAACCCGAACUCCAGCGAGUGAUGGAACAGAGAAAAUAUGAUUUAUUAAGGGAACAGGAAAAAGCUCAGAGACCCCAAACCGAUUUUGAGCAAGAACUUAACAAAAGACACCAGAAGCUGGAGCAGUAUGAGGAGGAACAGCAAAAGUUGGAAGAACAAGAGAACGUGCCAGAGUUUGUCAAAAUCAAAGAAACAUUGAGGACAACAAAGAAAGGAAGUGCAGAGAAUGGCCAGAUGAUCUAGUCAAAUAUGUAAUGACGAUCAACAUGUGGUGUGCCUCAGUGCUAUAUAUCCAAGUCCAUGGAGUGAUGGGAGAGAAGGAGCUUAUCGCUUCCAACGUUGAACGGUCUGAUCUCUGUCAACAUUUGGCCCAUUUUUCACUUCAAACACAACUGUGCCCAAAAUUGAACAUCAAUCAUUUUUAUCAUCUGGCAAUUGAUCAAUCGAUUUGGUUGUUCUCAACUUUUUACAUCUAUGUUUCUCCACAGCUGUAGACUAUUUAAAGGUAGACAAAAAUGCUGGAGAAACUCAGCGGGUGAGGCAGCAUCUAUGGAGCGAAGGAAAUAGGCAACGUUUCGGGUCGAAACCUUUCUUCAGACUUUUAAACCCCGAAACGUUGCCUAUUUCCUUCGUUCCAUAGAUGCUGCAUCACCCGCUGAGUUUAUCCAGCAUUUUUGUCUAUCUUCGAUUUUCCAGCAUCUGCAGUUCCUUCUUAAACAGUAGACUAUUUAAAAUUUUGUUUCAGUCAUUUUUGACAGACAUAAACCAUUUUGUCGUGGGAUAUAAUCUACUACAGGUCAGGAUACCUGUUACUAAACAACUGUAUAUCGCUUUCCCGAUAGCCCAAUGAUUUUAUAACUGUUUGCAGAGAUACUGUAGUUAACUGAAUGUGACCAGAUCCUGAAUGGGUUUAUUGGAGCAAAGAAGUAAAGCUGUUUGUACAAUGCUUUUAACUAAUUAAAAUAACUUUGUUUUAUUAGCUUGUUUCUGUGUAUUGUAUUCCAAUCACAUGAAAAUCACAUAUUUGACAACCUGUGGUUAAAUGUUGACAGAGCAAUAGUGUACUACAAAUGUAAAACUGACAUGAAAAAUGCCUCUGGUUUUCAGGCAUCGACAUAAGCAUGAGUAGUUUUAAUCCAUCAUCUACUAGUGGGACAGCACUGGAUUCAAUUGGAGACACAAGGAAUUGCAGAUGUUGGAAUCGUUG